AUGCACAUGUACUACUCCUCAGUGCUGCUCCUUCUGCUUCCUUUUGUGAUACUGGAUCUCUGUGCAGCCAAGCCUUGGUGGCCCUCAAACGAUGUCGGCUACGAUGCCAGUCUCGAUCCGGUGGCCUGGUCCCGGGCCUUUGUCCAGGAAAAAGUGCGCACAUCCCGCAGGAACAAGAACCGGCACCAGCAGUCCACCGACUGGUGGUACCAUACACCCUCUGCUCCCGAGCCGACGGCAGCUCCUCUCAACUUUGUGAACAAAAAUAGCUACAGGAGAUUCCUGAAGAGGCGCCGCAAGCUGGUAGCACGUGCUAAGCGUACAUUAAUUUCUAGUAAUUAG